AUGGCAGACCUGGGCUCUAGUCUGACCAAGAUGGACUGGCUCCACAAGCUCAAAGUCGGCGGACCCAUGGGUACUCCUGCCUUUCAUGGAGCUCAAGGCACAGUAGAUGCGUUAGGAAGAUUGAGCGGACAGGUUGGAGUUCCAGGCUGCCCUAAUUCGCCGGGGAGUUACGAUCAUGGAGUACAACCUCACAAAGAUGGAAAACCCCCGUACAGUUACGCCAAUCUGAUCAUGCAUGCUAUAAACAGCACUAGCAAAAAACGUAUGACUUUAAGUGAGAUUUAUGCUUGGAUAUGUGACAAUUUUCCUUACUACAAAGACGUGGGAAGUGGUUGGAAGAAUUCAAUCAGACACAAUCUGUCAUUGAACAAGUGUUUUCUAAAAGUUCCCCGGUCAAAAGAUGACCCUGGGAAGGGAUCAUAUUGGGCCAUACAAACACCUCCACCUGAUGAUCCUCUUCCACCAACCAGGCAUAGAAAAAAACGACCAAAUGAUCGACAUUCCCCCUACAGUCAUGCCAGUGGAUUAUACCCAGCAUCUCAACACAGUCAGGUUGCUGCCUACACCACAGUGAUCUCUUCCCAGGCCACCCACAUCAAGUCGGAUAUCUCUGACAGCCAAUCACUAUCCUACCACUGCAGCCUAGCGGGAAUGAGUCCAGCAUCUCUGCACCAGCAGUCCCCUCAUUCAGUCUCCUCUCCCAUCAGUCAGCAUAGCACAGAUCUCAUGUUUUCCACAACCUCUUCUGUCCCCAAAUCAGAGCCCACACAGUCACAUUUCCCUAAAUCAGAGCCCAUACAGUCACACCUGGAUAGUGUGAGUAUGAUCUUGUUUCCUUUACCGACUCCCUCCGAAACACAUUGCAGCAUUUUAGACUCUCACAGUAACGGAGAGGAGCUGAGCAGUUCUAUGUACAACAUCUAUAAAACAGUCUUUGAAAACUCCUCAGGUACUCCAAAACUGAACUUGUCAACUUCUGAUUGGCUACACAGUCUGGAUACAUUAAAGGAAAGCAUGAGAGCAAGUGGCAAUGAUUGGCAGAAUAUUGACACAACACAGUUCCAAGGUAAGCAAUGCAGUUCAUGCUAA